CCCUUCCCUGACGUCAAGCUUGUUAGUCACUGCAUUACUGGAUCGUAACUGGGUCAUUUGUGGAGAAUUUCGGAUUAGAAUUUCAUUAAACUGUGGUGAUUUGCCGAAACGUAUGCCCUGAUGUAGGGCUUGCAUCUGAAUUAUGGCGAAAAGUACCAAGUCAGGUGCCAGAAUCGAAAAUGGAAAAGUAGAAGUGAAAAGCAAGUUCGAUGCUGAGUUUCGGAGAUUCUGCGUGAGUCGUGACCCAGCUGAUGGAUUUGAGAAGUUUCAGUCCCGGGUGGAGAAACUCCAUCAGCUGGAAGACAUUCCAUUUGUGAUUAAUUACACAGACCCCGUCCAUGGAGACCUCCUCCCCAUCAACAAUGACAUCAACUUCUCCAAGGCAGUCACAACAGCAAAGCCACUACUCAGGCUUCUGCUACAACGCAAAGGUGAAAGCUAUGGUGAAGCGAAUGGCUAUGGAACUCUCCCAGUGAAGAGGAGGAAUCCUAUCACAAAGUUAAUGAAAGAUGAGACCCAGCCCAAACCUAGGAUUCAUAUUGGAAUGCCCGAGGACUUCCGGAGAGUGUCAGCCAUUAUUGAUGUCGAUAUUGUGCCUGAAACGCUGCGUAGGGUAAAACUGAUGAAAAAUGGUUCUGAUAAACCACUUGGUUUCUACAUUCGUGAUGGUACAACUGUGCGGGUUACAUCACAAGGACUUGAAAAAGUACCUGGAAUAUUUAUAUCGAGGCUUGUCCCUGGCGGGCUUGCUGAGAGCACGGGACUACUGGCAGUUAAUGACGAAGUUCUAGAAGUGAACGGAAUUGAAGUUUCAGGGAAAACUCUAGACCAGGUGACAGACAUGAUGGUGGCAAAUAGUGCAAAUUUGAUCAUUACUGUGAAACCUGUUAAUCAGAGAAUGACACUAGGGAAUCAGCGUGGGGCGCCAGGGCGACACUCCCAGAUGUCCUCCACGUCACAACACUCGUACCGGUCAUCUAAAUCGUUUGACAGUGACACAGUUAUUGAACACGAUGACGAAGAUGAAGUUCAUGAUCAUCUUAGUAAACCUGAAAAAGAGAAAUCGGACAAAGACAGCGCUGUUGUGACUUUGUAACAAAGCAGGUGCUGUGUGUUUGGUUUGGUGUGCUGGUUUAUGACUGGUUUCUAGUGCAACAGUGAUGUGCUUGUGCAGUCCAGACCCUAUUCCACAAAAUUAUCUCAGCACUGGACAGUCAUAGCACUAAGAUCGCUUUGUGGAACAGGGCCCUGAAUGGAAUAUUGACUAUGUUGUUGCUGCAUAUAUCCAGUGCUGGAAAGACACUCGCUACAUUACCUCUCUAAUACUAUUGCAUGGCAUAUCCACUCAGCUUCACAUGGGCAUGUGCACUGUGAUGUGAACAGAGAAUUCCAGCAACUUUUCAACCUUCACCUAAGGAAAAUUGAAUUAUUAUGCUUUUGAUGAUGUACAGGCAUCGGGUAGCCUGGUGGUACAUGUGUUGACUUGUCCUGCUGAAAGUCCCAGGUUCAGCUGCCCACACAGUGUGUCUGGUAUUCCUUGUUGUGAUUGGGCUGGAAUAUUGCCCAUAAGAACAUACUCACUAUCUUGCUUGUUGCAAAGCAUUGAACAUAUUGCAUUGCUUGAGUUAAACUUAACACAAUCCUCACUCUGGAAUGUUUAUGCAUUGAUAAAUAGGCAGGAAAAAUGUGUAAUAGGUGUAAUGAAGCACUAUGUGCUUAGUCAGCAAAAUUCUUUCGGGAAGUGGUUUGGGUUAAAUUUGACAUUUGCAUUGGUGAGAAACUCUGUCCCAGAAGUAUAUUUGAAAGUUAUGUGCAUAUAUUUUAUUUGUGCUUCCUGCAAUUUUUGCCCACUUGCUGGUGACAAGUAUAACAUGGUACAGAACAAUAUGUGGUAAUGUUCUUUUCUUUCACAGGCUGAUUAGCAACAGGCUUGCUCUGUAUUUAUUCCUGUAUCUCUUCCAUAGUAAUUGAUGGUGUUUUCUUUAAUCUAAUAUGCAGUUAUAUAAUUAAAAUUUGCUUGAUUCAAUUAUAAACAUCUUCAUAAGCAUAAUUGUGCUACAAACAUUCAAGUCUGCUCAAAUAUCUUUGGCACAUUUUACUAAUUUUAAACAUAUGGACUGAUAUCAGCAAUUGUUUUCAAGAUGAAAGAGAUUUUGAGACUUUAUUUCUCAGAGAUUUUAGCUAAAAAUCAAUCAGCAUGUGAAAAGUGUUAAGUCCUUAAUAGCUUUAAGAUAGAGAGUGUUACCUCACUGCCAGAAUCUACUAAGUCAUAUGUUAGAUUGUCAAAACUGUAAGUAAUAUAUCUGUUGCACAGGUUGUGUGUGUUUGUUUAAAAGUGGUAAGAAGUAUUUUAAACAGUUUAUGUAAGAUGUUAUGAUGGAUUCUUAUUUUCAUAGUUCAAAGCUGCACUUUGUUAUUGCACUUGGGGACUUGCACUGUCACUUUCAUGUCACGUUUAAUGUCAACAACACAGCAUGCAGAAAAGUAUAUUCAGCUGUGGGUAUGGAUUACUUUUGUGAGGUAUAUAAUUGCAUACAAAUGCUCAGCUGCCACAUUUGAUGAAGUAAUUAAUGUUUCCUCUGCUCAAAGUAAAUACUUCCAUUUUGGGAUAGCUUUACCAUCAUAUCAUCUUGUCUGAGACGUCAUGUUGAAAUGUAUGAAGAUUGUGAACAUUUGGCCUUAGCAUGUGAACAAAUUUACCCAUCAUCUAGUUACAAGUAUGUACAAGUGGCUACACAAUUGGGCAGAAUUGGGCAGUCAGAAGUAUUUCUGCCAACUCCUUCGCAGUAUUAGUGAUACAGCAAGACUUGGACACUUGUUCGAUUGGGGAAGACAGUUUACAUCUCUUGGAACUCGCCAAAAUAAUUACAAUUUCAACUUCUAGGCAAACUAUUAGAAUCAGGAAAUAUUUGCUUGCCAACACUUGCCUGUUGAUAUAGAAAUAUCUGUAUUAUAAGCAGUUGCUUUUUAGCUGGCAGAAGACGACCUCUCUCACUGGUUGAUCACCCAGCUAUUGCCAUAAGAGAGGUGUUGAAGUGUAGCUGUAUGAGUAGGGGUGUCACGAUAUGCCUCCCUCACGUACUGAUAUAUUUCACAAUACUUGUUUUGUGCCAUAUCUGAAUGAACUUCAUGCUCCAUUUGGCCAAGUUUGUGUGAAGUCGUUGCUGUGAACCAGUUUGUGUAUGAAUUGGUUAAUUUAAGCAUCUUCUAACUGUAAGAAUAAACAGAUGAUCUAACACUAAUCAGAGUUAUUUUCAUAAGGUGUUUACUUUGUAAAUAUUACUUUUUGAAAAUCUCUACGGACUUAAAAUAUGAAUUGAUACAGAAGUAAUAUUUGCGUUGAAACGUGAGUAGGCAUACAAUGAACAGUAUUCUGUGUAAAUUCAAAAUGCAUCGGUAUAUUGGUGAAUCGUGACGCCCCUUGUGAUGGGAGAUUCCUGUAAAGUAAUAAUCAAUAAUCAUCCUGUGCUACGAACAAUGAACCUAGAUCUGUUUGCUGGUUUCUUUUCCAGGCAUUUGAGGAGAGGUUGCAAUAAUACAGCGCCCCUUCAUGUUGGAUUUAUCUUGCUGCUAACACUAUGUUUUUACAUGCAUGUGUUUGGAUUCGUGGAUACUUUAUGUAUAUAACCUUGAACAAGUGAUAAUGAACAACACUGAACAAUAUGGUGCUUCAGAGGGAAAACAACACUUUUUGCCUUGUAUUUUAUUUGGACAAGAUAGACUUGUUGAAAUGGCAGGAUCUUUUUUAUCACUGAAGUCUUUAAUUGUACAGAUUCUUCCUAUUUGAGCAUGUUGAGCAUUUUAUGCAUGGCUGUUUUGUUGUAUCAAAUGCCAGGAUUUGUGUAUAAGAACUGUUAUCAAUCUGAUGGUUUUGAAUGUAAAUAUUUUGUAGUUGCCACCAUCUUCUCCUGCCAUGGCAUAGUCUAAGGGAGGUAACUUGGUGAUACUGGCUUAUCUCCCUUAGACACAGUGAUGCUGUUCUUGUGCCUUUUAACAAAGCUAAGUAUGGACAAUUGAAUUAUUUUCUGAAUGGUUUAUUUUGACAAUAUGAGUGACAUUGAUUAUUAAGUUAGAAUUGGAAAUAAAGACAUUUAGAAUUAUAGUUCUUAGAAGAUAUUCUUAGCACCUUGAACAUGAUUAAUCAAACCAGACAUCGUAACUGGUAUCAUUUUACACUUGCUAGAAAUUUAAAGUUCGUGAUUUUCUUAUUUCCAAUAUGGAUCUCAUUUGACAGGGAAUGGUUCUCAGCUAGUAACCUUGGUAACAUGUUAUCAUCUAGCUGAAAUGAAUGACAAUUUAAUUUCUGGUGUUACAUUAUUACAAAAGUCAGUCUGGUUAACCAAAUAGCAAUAUUUGUUUCUGUGCUAUUUUGACUAAUUUCAUUUGCUAACCUACUAACUUGGCUGCACGUCCCCUCUACACUGCACUCUGGUUAAGUUAAUAACUCACUUUCACAUUCCAGGCCUUUGACAAGCUUAAGACAUCAAAUGUCUGUUUUUAUUCUGCUUGUUUGUGACCACAUCCUGCUCUAAAAACUGAUAUUUUACCUUAAUUCUGAUUUUUGAAAAAACUUUUUAACACUAUCUGUUAAUGCUUUGUUUAAAAUGAAUUUUUGGUCAUUGAAGUAGGGGUUUAACAUAUGAGAGUACAUUUUGUGUUCAACACCAUUUAAGUUUUUAGUGAUUAAUACAUUUUCAAUCAUGUAGCUGGUAGCAGGGUUAUAAAUAAGAGCACCAACUGUUAGUGAAUAACUGAAUGACAUUUAUGCAAAAGUGAUCCUGCCCUCUUUGUACCCAGCUCUAAUGAGAACUGUGAAUGUGUCUUUCAUUGUGGUAUGACAUACAGUAGAAUCAGGAUAGUUUCCUUCUUUACAGCUCCUGAGUAAUGAUACAUCUCUUGUAAAAAUAAAGUUGUAAUGGUUCUCAAGGUUAUUUUUCUGAGUAAAUUGGUAGGUUCCACUGUGUAUGCCAGAAGUGAUUAUUUUCAACUGGUUGUUUGUGAAUAUUGCAAUUCUUUGAGUUACGGAUGUUGGUUGUGACAGAUAUGUGACCAUAUAGUUAUCACUUGCCUUAACACUCUAUACCUAUUUUGCCAUUGACAUCGUAUGGUGGUUGUGAGUUCACAUGUUGAUGCUCAACAUGCAGAGACGGAAUCUAGAACUUCCAAGCUAGGGAACUGCAUCUUUAUGAUGGAACAAUAUUGUGAUACAGUGCAGUGGUGCCACACUGAUUAAUAUACUUAUUUGGAUGGUUUUGUAUACAGUCAGUGCCCAUGCUCACAACUGAAACACAUCGUGCAAGCAUUAAAUAUUCAACUUUGGUGUAUUGUGGUAUUUGGGGCUCGCAUCUCACUGUCCAGUAGUCAUGUACCAAGUUGUUUUAUCUUCAAGGGACCAUGGAGUUAGUUUUAUUUUGUAUGUAGAUAAUUUAGUCUUUGUUACCAAGUUUGCCUACAUGCUGACACUACGUUCAUUUUAUUCAGGUAUUGUUAUAGAUUGGUUGUCGCCUAAGUCACUUGGUGUCUUCAUGUUGAAGGGUACAUUUAUAUAUAGAUUGGCCAUGAAUACUUCAUUGCCGCUGUCGUUGUGGUGCCGAUGCAGUACAGAGUAAUAAUCAGUGGUUUACGGUCCACUCAGAACCAAGGUAAGGGACCAUAUUCUGGAUGGAGAUAUUGGUUUGAGACAUACAGUUUUCUCUCUGAAUGCUUUAUGGUUUGUUUUGUUUUUUCUCAGACAUGAGCCAGAAACGUUUAAAAUCUUUUUGUAUAACUUCAGAAAAAAUUAUCUUUUUCCAUUUUUUUAAAAGGUAACAGAUUGUUCUUUUCAAAGAAAAAUCAUCAAGCCCCAGAAUAUCAAAUGGUCAGCCCUAAGACCUCAAUUAUUAAUUACAUUAUAUAACAGUUAUUUUCAGAUUGUUAAAUGCCUACUGCCAGGAUCGAUGUUGCUCUGUCCUCCCCAGUGGUUAAAUGAAAAGAAUUGUUUGGUUCUUGGUGGAACAGUUGGGUAGAUCAGUCACUGUUAACAAAAUGUAGAAGUUAAAUGGAUGUCAAAUCUUAAAGACAGGUUAUCCACGGAUGUUUCUAUCUCAAGUGCCUAAUAAUAAUAUGUUAUGGAGGCAAGGAACCAAGCAGUUUAUUUGUGUCAGACCUCAGCAUAUUUAUCAAUGGCGCUUUGGAAUAUCUUCAAAUUAACAUAUUGUCGCCUGUUGCUACCAGUGUUGAUGCAUGGUAUACAACUAGUGUCUGUUGACCUUGACCUUAGUUUACACAACUUUGACCUUUAUUGAUGCAAGUCCGGUUCUGUAUAUAUUUGUCAAAAUCAAAACCCACUUCGUCAUUGGGACAAGCGCUACAAUAUUUGCCAUUCCUUGUUUCCUGUAUCUUCCUGUCUGUUGUAUCUUUGUUACCUUUGCUAUCCUAGAGCCAGCGACUACUUCAACAUUUCAACCUUAAUCUCUUUCUCUGCCCAGCUUGAAAGCACACAACUUCAUUUUCUUUCAGACCUAUUUUUAAAAAAAAAUCAUUAUGAACUUCGCUGUUUGAUGUGUAUAUUAUCUUACUGAUUUAAGCUUGAAUCAAAACAUUAGCUGUCCUUAUUGUAUUUGAUAGUGGUAUUUUUAUAACCAUACAAUAUUCAAUUUAUUGUCAUAUGAUAACUGCAUAUAUUCCCCCUUGUUAAUUACAGCCAGUGUAUCACACUUUCCAUGUAUCAUUGAAUAAGGACAUUGUAUCACAGGAUAUGCUUGUCCAAUGCUCAGUUGAUUUGAGCUCAAAGGUUGUGAAGUAUGUCUGUAUAUAUGGUAACUUAAAAAGACAAGUACAUUUUAGUCUGUUAACCUUUUUUUUAAUUAUGAUGGUUUGAAACCAUUCUGCUUAUUUUUAAGAUGAAAAGACCUGAAUUGUUAAUCAUUCCAUCUUUAUUUCAGGUGACUUUUUGCAUGUGUAAUGUUUAUAUGCAGGGAGAUUUUUUAUCCAUAUUUGUACAUAGGAUAUUUACUACAUGAGGUACUGAUAGCCUGUAAGUACGCAGAGUAACUGUAGACACAACCUGACAACAAUGAAUAAAAUAAUAACUGAUA